UCAGGCUGAUGUACGAGAAUAAUAUAGGAAGAGAGGCUCCAGCAGCAAGAGCAAUGCGAGAUCAAGAUAGAGCUUAGGCAAUGAUAUAAGUGAUUACAGGUUAAAUAAAAAGACGAUUUACUGUAGGUUAUUGAUUCAGUCUACAAGAAGACAUCCCAUGAACAUGUCAAUCCUGGCUUUGCAAGAAUACGAAUUUGAAAGACAGUUCAACGAGGAUGAAGCCAUUCAAUGGAUGCAAGAAAACUGGAAGAAGUCAUUUUUGUUCUCUGCUCUCUAUGCAGCCUUUAUAUUUGGUGGCAGACACUUGAUGAAACAGCGCGAAAAGUUUGAAUUACGGAAACUUCUAGUGCUCUGGUCAAUGAGCCUUGCAGUCUUUAGUAUUUUUGGUGCUGCCCGCACAGGGGGAUAUAUGGUUUAUAUUCUGAUGACCAAAGGGCUAAAGCAGUCAGUUUGCGAUCAGAGUUUCUACAAUGGACCAGUCAGCAAAUUCUGGGCUUAUGCAUUUGUGCUAAGCAAGGCUCCUGAACUUGGAGACACAAUCUUCAUUAUACUGAGGAAACAGAAGCUCAUCUUCCUGCACUGGUACCACCACAUCACUGUGCUCCUCUACUCCUGGUACUCGUACAAGGACAUGGUGGCCGGAGGGGGCUGGUUCAUGACCAUAAACUACCUGGUGCAUGCAGUCAUGUACUCCUACUACGCCUUGCGAGCAGCUGGCUUCCGGGUGUCCCGCAAGUUCGCCAUGAUCAUCACCCUCACGCAGAUCACCCAGAUGGUGGUGGGCUGCAUAGUCAACUACCUGGUCUUCUCCUGGAUGCAGCAAGGACAGUGUCCGUCACACGUGCAGAACAUUGUGUGGUCCUCCCUCAUGUACCUCAGCUACUUUGUGCUCUUCUGCCAGUUCUUCUUUGAGGCGUACAUCCACAAGAGCAAAAAAAAUGCAGGCAAGGUCGAGUAGAAUUGUGGAAAAAGACCCAAACCGUAGCUCAGGAGCAGGCGAUGACUGAUGCAGAGUUGUCGUUUAAAGGGAGCGUGAAGCCAUAUCUGGCACAGCUUACACAACGUAGCCUGUCCAACAGCAAGCUUGGUUUAACCCAGUAAAUGUGUGAACCUUUUCUUUUCAAGGUUUGAGGACUGUCUGUGUUAUCUACACACACACAAAAAAAAAUGAUGAACUAAUAAUGAUUCUUACCAAUAGUACCUGAUGCACUAGCACUGCAAAGAAGUAGUACUAGCAGAAUAAAAUUCUGUUGCAUAUUUCAUUUUGUUUCCAUUCCUCCCCUGCCCCCUGCGUAGAGAAUUUUAGACAUGUCAAAAGGAAUAUAGGUAAUGACACCUAUAAGUGAGGUAAAUUAUGUUUUAAAUGCUUUUGCAUCUACACACCCUUCUGAUGUAAACUGGGUGGAAAUAUUGAAAUGCAAUGUGAUUAUUAUUGCAAACUUCUUCAUCAAGUUAGAAUCUGACUAAAAUAUUUAUUUUUAAAAUACCUUUAAAAGGGAUAACACAGUUUGAGUCGUAUGAUCAAAAUAACAUUACCAACAAUUAAGAUAAUCUCAAGUUGAAAUUAUCCCAAAAUGGAAACGCCACCAUCUACUACUGCGGCAUCUGCCUUUUUUCUUUUUUUUUUUUUACUAAUCUGCUUCAUAUACAGUUACACAACACAUGGAAGUAAUGGGCUUUCACACUGGAAAAUAGUGCACAGAGCACACUAGCUUGCCAUACUCUAGUACAUGUGGAAGAUACAGUAAUUUAAUUCCUAUUUUGAAGGGGAAAAAAAAAACUAAUAAACAUUGCAAAUAAAGAAUGGGAGAGGUUAGCGGAACUUCUAACAAAUAUUUGUUAACAUAUCAAAUAUUGUUUGUAGUAAUUCAUACAAUCAGAAGUAUUAUCUCAUGCACUGCGUACAUUCAGUUUGUUAGAUAAUGUGUAGGUAGGUAGUAUGCAAAACCCUGAUUAUUUUUUUUUUUUUUUUAAGUGGGGAACAGUACAAUCUUUUAUUGUAUUUUAAUUUUAUUUAAAAUAAGAGCCCUCUGAUACAUAGUUCUUCAUGGGGCAGAGCCUUUCUUUAACUAUCCCCAGGUUUGAGCUGUUUUUAUUUUCAAAUUGACAUGCACUGUCAAGAGUACAGUUGUUUGUGCACCUUCAAAAAAAUAUCAUAUACCCUUGAGGUAGAUAAAAAAUGCCUUGUUAAUUUGUUAGUUAGGUAGCAGCUUGGAUCUGCUAUAUCUAAAUACAGCUAACCAUAUCUGCUAAUGACAGAAACUUCCACACUUGGUAGAAUCCUAGUUUAACCUCAUAGUUCAACAAACACACAUAUCUACAGUAGUUUCCUAAUGUUAUCAGCUGUUAUGAUGUGAUUACUUGGUUUAAGUGUUGGUAAGGGUUAGAUAUCACAAACUAUUUAAUUUAUUAAGAGCAAAUGUUUAGCUCUUUUAAAUAAAAAGUAAUGUUCUUAAAAUAUGAACUAUUAUAAUAUUCUUUACAGUGAAUAUACUAUUCUUUAUAGUGAAGUGCAUAUGAAAUCAAUGUGAUAGAAGCACAUUAAAAACAGGAUAAAAUUGUAUGUAACCUAUGAAUAGAAAUAUGCUCAAAAUAUAAUACGGAAGGAACAUAUAUAUAUUAUCUUGUAUCAAGCUCUACACUUCUAAGAAAUGUUUGUGUUUGCAUACAACAAUUCUAUAGGGACAUAAUGUGCUGCUAUAAAAUAUAAUUUACAUUUAAGGCUUUAUAAAAAGAUACAAUGACUGGGUGAUUUCUGAUUGAUUGGUUGUCCGGUGUCUGUGAACAUAAGUGCCAAUUCCAGUGAUUUUAAAAAGGGACACCGUAUGAAAAAUUAAAUAUAUAUGUUGCUACUUUAGUAAGAAUGUCAUAUUCAUAAAGUGUUAGAAUGGCAGACAAGGUAUUGCUAUCCUAUGAGUUUUCAAGCAUACUGACGAUUUAUGAAUACUGCUCAUGGUGAACAGUUUGUUGUAUCACAGUGGCCAGCCAUGCAAAGACGAGAUAUGUUUGUACAUUAGUCAAUGUAUUACAUUUUGUUGAAGGUAGUCUGAAAGCAGUGUAUUGUUAAUCAUUAUCCAUUAUAGGCAACACAGUUGUUAUUAGCAGUGUAGCACUGACUUAAUAAGGUAAAACAGUUUACUAUAUUUUAUAGAGAUAAUUUUUUGUGCACAGCCAAAUCUCACUUUACUGUGCUGUAGCAUUGUGCGUUGUCAAAGUUUUUGCUGCGGUUUGAUUUUUCAGGGUAACAGUCUUUGUAACAGUUAUGUCAGAGCGUACCGAAAAAUGACCUGCUUACCUCUCUAAAACAGCCUCACACACAAACCUGUGAUAUGGCAGCUGUUAAAUGUUGCACUCUGUGUACCCAUUAGUUCAGGCUAAUUGUGUCGUGUUUUGUCCUUUUCACUAUGUGUUCUGUGUAUUCACUGCAGAUUCAACAUAGUAAUGGAUUAGCACCCAUGUUUACACUGAAUUAUGUG